AUGGAUAUGCUGAAACGGUUUGCCAACAUCUACUGGUCUGCUGAUAAUAGAACCGGUAUCGAACAGCUUCUGUACCAAACGCUUCGGUCGAUCCAACAAUUGCACGAAGUUAGAGAGUUGGUAAUCAGUUAUGUGACGUAUUGCGACCAAAGGGAUCUGCAAUUGACUAAGAUGGCGGUAGAAUUGUUCCCCUUGGAAAGCGGCUUCCGUCCUUAUGUCAAGGGAGAGAAAUUGGUCCAUCAGGGUAAUACUGCGUUAAAAAAGCUUGGAGAGAGCAUCCUUAUGGCAACAGGAUAUGAAAGUGCUGAUACAAGUAUCGAAGGUAUCAAGCGACUUUCAGGCUAUUUAAAUGAGAACCAGAACCCCUUCUCCUCUUCAGAUUCAACACUACUGGAAUCAUUAACUAACGCCAGCAACAAUAACACUAGUAGCCUCACAUCGUCGUUCGAGAGUCACAUCCAGAAUUUGUUGGCUGAAGCUCAAGCGGCACGUCGAUUAAGACGUGCCAUCGAGAAAGAGGUAAUGGAAAACUUGAAUAAUUUCAUUCGACACAACGAGCCGCAACUAAGACGGAUCAUACAAGAGUUCCAAGACUUGCUAGCCAACUACGAGAGCACGUAUUUUGAAGCUGAUUCGCUCAGAAGCAAGUAUGACGAGACUAGAAGACAGAAGGAGUUCUACGAACAAAAGAAUUCUCCUCCAGAUUUAAUAACUACCACCUCCACUACUCCCUCAGAUUUUGUUGAUGACAGCAUUGAAGAAGUGCCCUCAGAGCCUCCGUCGCCAUUGGAAUCAAAUCCACUCGAUAAGCAGUUCACUUUCCCCUUAAGAUUAGGUCCAGUAGUUCUAAAAGAUAUGAGCGAAUUGGCCAAUUUGAUCGACAGACUAGAUAAGUUGCUUCCUACAACCAAACGGACUAUUCCAAUUCCAAGCUAUAGGAAUUUGAUAUUCAAAUCCGAAGAUCUUGUAAACGUGAUUACCUCGAAUCGCUUAUUUGAUCCCAGCAGAGCUCGCAUCGAACGGUUUGGCCAAGCUCUAAUAGACUUGAAAUUAAUGUCCGGAACAGGGUUUAUGACAGCCAAACAUUUCAAAGCAGAUAAUCUGUGGUACGAACUUUCCAACUUGGCAUUACAAGUUGUGCACCAUGAAGACCAAAAGUUGCAUCCUACAUAUCUGUACUCCGCAGAUGGGUCGCAAGCAUCGGUCAACGAGGUGGCUCUGAAACUUAGUGGGAUGUUUAAGAACGUUAAGGCUAACUGGCUUAAAGGUGAUUACAACCAAAAGUUGGAAGAACUCGAAGAGCAGUAUCGAAACGCAUACCUCGAGUUCCAAGAUGCAAAGCACCUGCUUGACUCCAAGUUCUUUAGAAGAGCCAUUGACAUCGAAGGGUUUGAAAAGCUCAAGAUAGAAACCAUCCACCAUGCAUUUACAAAAUUAGCCGAAGUUCUAUACAAAUCGUCGCAGGAUUCCACUACAAGAUUGAAAGAAUUUGCCAGAGAUUUCAUUACCAAAUAUGACGAUCCAAACACUUUCCAACUUGACUAUAACAAGUUAAUUGAAGAUUUCAGCGUAGGCAUUUAUUUCCCCAGUCUACAACCAAUAAAGUCCAGACUAUAUGUUAAUGCCCAGGACGUUAAAACGGGCUUCAACCUUUUCAAAGACAUUCCGCUUCAAUUAUUAUGCUCGCAGAUGAAUCACCAGAUAAGCUCGACGUUUGCUUCCACGCCUUAUUUGAUGUACAAGGUCAUACGAUUGAUUGAGUCGAAGAAAGGUUCUGAGGAUUUAAGAGAAAUUUGGACCAGAAGUCUCGACUUCAGACAGUAUUGGUCUGUGAAGGACGAAUUAAUCCGUGCCGUGGGAGAAUUUGACCCGCUUAGCGUUGCAGAAUUGGCUUCUUCGGAGUUAGAAAUCCAUAAGAACAUAAUGGAGAACCUUAUAGAGCUAUUGAAUGGAAAGACGCUUGAAGAGUUGAUUAAUUUCGUACGCAAUUGGUUACUAGAAAUCAACGACACUAUUAUUCCUUGCAUGAUGUUUGAACUGUUAAUUUCCCAUAUAAAACUGGAUAUCGAUACCGAAGAUCUUGUGAAAUUGUUGUCGUCGUUGCCCCGAAGUAACAUGAGUUCGUUGCUAUUCAUUCUUGAACAUAUUUGUCGUGUGUUCAAGUUGGAUGAGAUUGAAGACUUUGAAAGUUUUCGAGAUGGGGGUGGAAGAGAAGAGGAAGAAGGCAAAGUUGAAACGAAAUCAAACGUACUCGAUGAAUUGGUGGUUUCAGAGUUGAACUCAAUGGAGGCUAUUGGUUCAAUCCCCUUCGUGCAUUUGAUUUUACGACCUAUUCCCAGUAAGAAUUCCAAAGGGUUCAAACCUCCUCUUGAGCUUUAUAAUUUAUUGCUUUCCAAGUUGUUGGAUGUUCAAUUACGAUCCAAGCUCUUAAAGGUGUUGUGGUCACAUGAGAAAUCUUAUUUAAUGAAGAAAGAGGCAGAGAAGAUCUCUAUUCAAAAAACAGUGCCCACAUUGGCGCCACCACCACAAAACGGUUCAGUUACUCCAACAAGAAAUGGUAGCAGCCAUAAUGGAUAUUUGCUGCCUUCACCUCGACCUCCUAGUGGAGAAUUUUCGUUGCGACCUUUUAGAACCAGAACAACACCAUUACCGUCGCCUUCCUCCUCUCCUCGACUUAAAACAAAGAUUGAACAAUCUGCUUCACAGCAAACCGUUAAAGAAAGCCCGUCUGACAGAGUCCGCAGUGCUAGUGGAACUUUCCUACCACCACCCAUUAAUAUUCUGUUCGAGGGAGAAGACUGA